AUGGGUGCCAAUCAUAUACUAGGCCAAGUAAAUCGUAAUAACAUAAAGCCAAAACCUGCUAGAGAAGUGGUUGGAAAAAACAAUUUAACGGGUAAAAAUAGGAAGCCAUUGGGUUUAUCGGUGCAUUUGGUUCACAAAAAGAAAGCGACAAGUCCCAAAGCUAUCGCCGGAUCUAGUCCUUACACCAACGUCACGCGAUUUAACCCACCCGACACUGCCAAGCCGCCUGUAAUAAGCGCAAUAGACCAACGCGUUUCGUCGGCUAAAAUGCUUCGCAUAAAACAACUGCAAAACCAACUAGCCGAUGCCCAUUUCCACUUGAACGAAUUGUCCAACGAAAACAAGUUGCUCAAGGCCAUCGAAAAACGCCAGGACGCGGCCCUCAAGCGGUACGAAGGCACAAAGGCGGAACUUCCGAGGAUAAUAAACACCCACCAGGAGGAUUACAGGGUUCUCCAGGCAAAGUGCAAAAAAUUGAGGUCCCAGUGCAACGCUUUGGCCGACACUUUGAAGGAAAAAGAAAACGAGCUGUAUUCUUUGCAGGCGCAAAACAAAAAGCUUUUGCAAUUGAGCAAAGAUCGCCAUCUGUUGGAGAGGGACAAGCUUCAAGUGCAAGUUUCGGACUUGAAUUACAGGGUGGACCAGCAAGACGAGAUCAUACAGAUGUUGAAACGAAAGUUGGCACUGGAGAGCAAAUACCUGAAGCACCAGCUUCACGUGGAAAUGGUCAAGCACAAGGAGACGCAAAAGCAGCUGCACGAAACGCAGAUGAAACUCAAAAGCGCGGAAGAGUUGGCCGAGCAGCGGGAAAGACAAUCUUAUCACGCCAGUCACGUAUUUUUUCACAAAAGCAGUAGUAGUAGACCAACGAGCAACUUUACCAGCCAAUCUCUGACCAAUUUACACGACAAUGACAAAUUGGAAAGCGCACCCAGAGUCCAAAGAAGACGCAGGUACGAAGGUACGAAAGGACAAUCUCUUCCAGCCCUCGGUGCCGGCUCGGCCUCGUUAACAAGAAGGAGCCAGUCACAGGAGAAUCCGCGAAAGUCAACGAUGAUUCACACGAACAACGACCGAGCGCGGAAUCCUCAACUGUUAAAGUCACCAUCGGCCAAGCACAAAACGGCGGCAUCGAUUUCUUCCAAGAGUAGCACAACAAUAAGGGAUUCGCCGAUCAAAGAAUCUAGAUUAGAAGUAGAUUAUGCAGGGGCGGACGGGGAGACUCCCGAGCUUCCAAAAGUGGUGGUCAAAGAAGAUUUUGGCUAUCACGAAAGCGGUGGCGGUGGUAAAGUUAACUUUAGCGGCCAAUAUGAGUACGGCAGCGACCCUCUCAGCCUCACCAGUAGGUCGAGAUCGUUGCACACGAGGUUGAUCAGUUCUGCCGUGGAGGGAAAGCGCGUGAGGGGAGAAUUGCCGAUGACGACGGCGAGUCGGCCGCGGUCUUUUUCGAAGGAAAACAUGGAGCUCAUGGAGAGGCUCAACGAAAGCGAUUACGCGACAAAGUACGAUCGGGACUCGGUUGUCACUGUCAUUUCAAAGGAUUAUGGGCUUGGGAACGAGACCGAAGGCAACAACAGCCACAGCGACGACGAGAGCGAAAUCGAAAUACCCGUAGCCUUCAAUGCCGACGAGGACGAGGACAAUCGCGGGAAAAGACAAUCGGACAUUGACAAAUCGGAAAUCGAGAGGCAUCACCAAAACAAAUUGUCGACCGACUACUCCUCGAGCACGUCCUACGAGCAGUUUAGUCGCAGCAGCAGUUCUUCCAGUGGGCCCAGAGAAUCCUCUAAAGACGCGAGCAAAAACUUGGAUCGCCAUCAAGAAACUGACUUUAACUCGUUUGGAGAGAUCGAAACGAAAUCUGCCAUGGACGUCGAUGCGUCCAUCGAUGAUUUGAUAUCACGAAAAAAGUCGAUUCACAAAGAAACAUCUCCUUUGAUUGCUAAUUUGGACGCCAAUGAUUACGAAAGCGCUUUGGCGGAAGAAGAAAAACUUGUUGCGAACGAUUUGAACGGCGCAUUAAGUUUGGAUUUAAAAAAUAGCGAGGAGCCAAAUACGGCUGCGAGCGAUGAAAGUGCCAGGAGCUUUGAUAAAGCGAAGUUGCUGGCAGCUAUGAAGGCAAUCGAUGACAACGAGAACGUUGAGUUUUUCCAACAAAAGCCCCGAAAAAGUAACAACGCAGCAGCUCGACUGCAGGUGACGGAAAAUUUGUACAGAGGCAUACCUACGCAUUCAAAGAAGAAAAGUGAUAUUAUGAAAGAAUUAUUUUCUGAAUCUGGACAAUAA